GACUCCUCCGCCUAUAAAGGGAGAAAGCAGGCUCCUUGGCUUCACCAAGCCUUUCUCCAGUCCUCGUGCGUCUUCGUUGCCGCUGCUGCGACCUCCACCUUCACCUCAGCUGAAAUGGACCCCAACUGCUCCUGCUGCACUGGUGGCUCCUGCACCUGCGCCGGCUCCUGCACCUGCAAAGGCUGCAAAUGCACCUCCUGCAAGAAGAGCUGCUGCUCCUGCUGCCCCCAGGGCUGUGCCAAGUGUGCCCAGGGCUGUGUGUGCAAAGGAGCAUCUGACAAGUGCAGCUGCUGUGCCUGAAUUGGGGGCCCCCCGCUCCCGGAUGUAAAUAGAGCCACAUGUACAAACCUGUGUUUUUUUUAUUCCACAUCUUGCCCACAUUCCUUUUUCUAUGAAAUAUGUGAAUGAUAAUAAAAGUUGCUGAUUUUAUUAUGUCCAUGGUUUCUCUUCUAUGCUCG